CCGCCGCGCAAACCGGAGCGGUUUCAGUCUCCUGGGCGCCCGGGAUGGCGCAGCGGACGGCGCUCCGGUUGCUGCCGCUGCUGUUUUUGCCGCCGUUGCUGCUGCUGCUGCUACCGCCGGGCGGCCGGGCGAAGGUGUGCGAGGGCCAGGGCCGCUGGCCGGUUCCAUACAGGCGCUUCGAUGGCCGUCCCCGGCCGGAUCCCUUCUGCCAGGCGCGGUACACCUUCUGCCCAAGCGGCUCUGCCUUGCCGGAGAUGCGGGAGACGGACGUCCUGGCCGUGUAUCGCUUGCAGGCGCCCGUCUGGGAGUUCAAAUACGGAGGGCUUCUGGGCCACCUGGUAGGACCGUUCCCUCCUGCCCUUCCGCGCUCACCCCGGAGUAAAAAUCCCGAGGUUGAUUGGGUUGGGAGUUCCACCUUUCUCCGGGAGGCCCAGGACUACCGCGGAGGGUUUGCCCGGUUGGUAUCGAAGGAGCCCCGAGAAUAGAAUGGAGGGAGUUAGGAGUUAAGAGUACCUUUAUUGGCUAUGUGGUGGAAACUAAUCAAGGAGAGAAGCAACUUAGUAUUAAGGAG